GCGGGAAACCCGAUGUACGUGAUUGGCUGCGAUAGUCGGGUUUUAUCAGGAUGACAUCGCAAACUUAGUCACCCCGCGUAAUCGUGUUCAGGUCAAAUCCUCUGUUUAUAAAUGCACACCACUAAUCCACCCAAUCCAUGUCCAUAAAACUCAUCCUCUUCUUUCUACUGUCUGCCAUAUCCGCCAUCAUUCCUCCUUCCCCGUAUAACCUUCUUCAAACGUACCUCCGAGUCCAAAGCAUCCGGUCCAUCAUGACGUCAUCCCUUCCAAUGAACCAAACCGAAUGGAAAGCCGCGUUGGACUCGCUCCCAUCCACUCCGGAUAACAUACCCGCUUUCUUCUACGCUCACGGCAGUCCCUUUCUCGCAUACCCGGAGCAUCUCGGCCACGGUGGGGGACUCACAGAUUGGCAGGGCCCCAAGGGUCCUCUUGCUAAGUUUCUCAAAGACUUUGGUCCGGUAUUAUUGCAAAAGUACAAACCCCGCGGAAUUGUCGUGUUCAGCGCCCACUGGGAGACUUUGGGCGAGAGACUAGUAACCGACUAUGGCUCCGAGAACCCGUUGUUAAUGGACUACUAUGGCUUCCCAGCUGAAUUGUAUAAAUUGAAGUUUAGGUCCAAAGGUGAUUCAGGCAUCUCCCAGCGAAUCGUGCAGUUGUACAAAGAGGCCAACUAUCUCGUCCGCACCACCACCAAACUCGAAUCUCGCGGCGAAGAUGGACGUGGCUUCGAAGGUCCUGGACUAGACCACGGUGUCUUUGUUCCAUUCAGAUAUAUGUUUGGUGAAGAAUUUAUGGACACGCCUAUUGUCCAAGUCUCCAUCGACUCCUCCUUGUCCCCCGAAGCCAACUGGAAGCUCGGCAAGACCGUAGCUGCGUUGAGGGAAGAAGGCAUACUCGUCCUUAGCGGAGGCUUACCUAUCCACAAUUUACGCGACUUUUCCUCCUUUGAUCCUAAUUCAGCAAAGCCAAUUGUCAAGGACUUUGACAAGGCCAUUCUAGAUGCUGUAACAAAAUCGGAGCCUGAGGAACGGAAACAGGCCAUGUUUAACCUAACCAAGCACCCUGGAUUCCGUGCAGCCAACCCCAGAGAAGAACACUUUGUCCCGUUGUACAUCGCGGCUGGAGCUGCAGAAUCUGGCAAAGUGAAGGUUCUGAAUGCGUUGUAUGGGAUACCCACCAUAGCAUUCGGAUUGUGAAUUUUCAGUUUGUUUAAUCUUUAAUUAUUUAACGAGGGAUAUCUCGUGUGGUUUCCGAUCUGGCUUCAGGCGUGGUUCUUCCCUUGGCCAGCUCCUUUGCGAUUUUGACCAUACUCGUUGCUUAAGCAAGACUCAGUGUCUGAGCAUCAGUCGGGUUCACGCGAUGUCGAUAUGGAAACUGUUACAAGUUCAGUCGUAUCCGCAUCCUGCUCGUUGUGGGAGCGUAAAUCAUUUUUUUAUCGUAUAAUAAUCUGCCCUUGAUAAAAAAUAGCGGGCGGUCAUUGCCUAAAUAGUAACUCAAGAUAAUUGACACAUGCUUGGCA